AUGUCGCGCCCUCCUCCAAACGCACGAUCCUCGGUCGCCAGCGGCCUUGCACCGCCGGUUCCUGGGCCAGGGUACCCUACCAGCGCACAUGGCUCUGCGGUGUUCGCACACCCUCCGCCGCCCCCUCCGAUGAGCGUCGCACCCACCAGUAGACCUCCAUCGCGGUUCGAACCUCCUCCACUAUCGUCGACGCUAGGUCCAAUGCCAGGUACGCUCGAGCGACCUCUACAGGGCCCGCGCAAACGACUCAUCGUUACGUGUGACGGCACGUGGCUGGACGCGGACAACGGGAUCCUGCGCAACGGUACGAAACAGCCGCCCUCGAACGUGAGCCGCAUCGGGUGGGCGAUCAAGGACACGUCGCGCGACGGCAUCCCCCAGAUCGUCAACUACCAGGCUGGCGUGGGCACGAGCGGAGGCGCCGCGUCGCGCGCGGUCGGCGGAGCGACGGGCAUGGGCCUGAAGGAAAACAUGCGCGAAGCCUACACGUACAUCGCCAUCAACUGGAGACCGGGCGACGAGAUCUUCCUAAUCGGCUUCUCCAGGGGCGCCUUCACCGCCCGAAGUGUCGGCGGGAUGAUAGGCGACUUGGGCCUGCUCACGCGCGCGGGCAUGCCGUCCUUCAACGAGAUCUUUGAGGACUGGGAACACCGGAUGGACCAGCGAUACGUCUCCAGGUUCCCGGACACGCCGUUCCCCAACAAAGGGCCGUUUAACAAGGAUUACGUGCACGAACUGGUCCGGCGAGGCCUCACAACCGUCAACGUUCCCAUCAAGGCCGUCUGCUGCUGGGACACGGUGGGCAGCUUGGGCAUCCCGCGCAUCGGGUGGCUCGAGUCUCUGGGGCUGCAGGCCAGGGGGCUGCACAAGUACGACUUCUACGACACGAGGCUAAGCCCGUGCGUGGAGAACGCUUUCCAGGCCCUCGCGCUGGACGAGCGGAGGGGACCGUUUGCGCCAGCCGUGUGGGAGAAGCGGGACGCCGACCGGACAAACCUUGUGCAGUGCUGGUUCCCCGGGGUGCACAGUAACGUCGGCGGAGGGUACGACGACCAGCAACUCGCAAACAUCACACUCGCGUGGAUGAUGAGCAAGUUGGAGCCAUUUCUGGAUUUUCGACCGGACUUUCUAAUGGCGCAGUGGGACGAGAACAAAGCGUAUUACAAGAGUACGGGCCAGAAGACGAGAUGGUGGGGCUGGGGAGAGAUUUACAACAGCCUCACGGGUCUGUAUUCACUUGCGGGCGCAAAGACGAGAACGCCGGGAGCGUAUUAUCGCGUCGAUCCGGACGGGAGGACGACGGAGAAGAGGUUGAGGAAUACGAACGAGUACAUCCAUGCGAGUGUGCGUGCGAGGCUGGGACUGCAGGGCCCAGGCGUGCAGGAUAGAGGUGUCUAUGAUCCGCCUGCGUUACGGGACUGGACUUUUGACACGGAGCACGUACCGAGUAAUGGAGGCGAUGGGUUAAUGGUCGUGUGGACGGACAGAGGCGGAAAGGGGGGUAAGAAAGCCGGACAGGAUAAAAUCCCAGAGGCGAGGUUGACUGAGACCGAGCUGGUUUUGCUGAGGCAAAGCCCCAGGGUGUAUGAUUACGUGACAGACCUGAGGCCGCCGAAUGUCAAGCAUGAGAAGAGACGGUCCAGGAGGCAGGAUGCAUCACAGGCGAAUGGCGGCGGUGGGAUGUCGCCUCCCUUGGUUGGUGCAGUGCCGUCGAGAAGACGCAAUAGGAUGAGUGCGCCGCCAGAAGGGUAUCCGCCCAUGGACACUGACGAUGAGAGGACAAGACGAAAACAGAGAGACGGCAGAGAUCCGGAUCGGCAGAGACGACGGAAGAGUCGACGAUAUGAUGAUUGA